UCAACUGCUAAACCCGCCGCUCCCGCUCUUCGGAAUCGCAUCUCGAGACCCGCGAAGCGUCUCAGCUCGGCCCUCAUCCUUCCCGCAGCGGCGGCGGCCCGGGACCCGCGGGCUGUGGACCAUGUACACCCGCAGUGGGGUGCAGGGCUCCGGUUUCGGAGCCCCCGCCGCCUCCCGCCCGGCCCGGGACCCCGCUGCGUGGCGCGGGGAGCUGGGCCCGCCGCAAGGCCCCAGGCGGGGUUUGGAGGAGGCUCCCGAGAGCCCUUCGCCGGAGAGCCCGGAGCACGCGGGCCGGAGGUUCACAGGUGCAUAUACCUUGAUAGUACCAAAUGAAAAACGAAGAAAUGAGAUGCAACGGAUGGCUGCCAAAGAGCUGGAGGACCUGAAGAGGUGGAAGGAGCAACAAAGGACGAAGCCCAUUAACCUGGCACCCAUGCAGCUAGGUGGAAACCAGUCAGAGGUUGAAGUCAGGCAGAGACAACAACUUCAACUGAUACAAUCUAAAUACCAGAAAAAGCUUAAAAGAGAAGAAUAUAUAAGAAUCAAGAGGGAAGCUGAAGAAGCCGAAAUCCAAAAAAUGAAGGCAGUUCAGAGACAAAAGAGCAAUAAACUAGAGGAGAAAGAGAGACUUCAAGAAAACCUCAGAAGAGAAGCUUUUAGAGAACAUCAGCAAUGCAAAACUGCUGAGUUCUUGAGAAGAUUCGACACACAGUCGCCACACAGAGGUACCCGUCCAGUGGCUGUUUGUGACCCACAGUCUUCAGCUUGGGCCAGAAGACAGGCUUAUAUGGAUUCUAUAAGGGAAGGAACUAAAAAAUUGCAAAAGAUGAAGGAUGAACAUAGCCAGAAGAGUGAAUUACUGGAAUUUAAACGAGAGCAAGAGGAGGAAGAAAGAGCCAAAAUCCAGCAGGCUGAACACAGGAGGGUAAAUAAUGCUUUUCUGGACCGACUCCAAGGUGAAAGUCAACCAGGUGGCCUCCAGCACUUUGGAGGCUAUUGGAAUAUGAAUAGUGGUAACAGCUGGGUGAGUUUUAUUUUUAUUUUUUCUAAAAAAAAUCUUUCAAAGUUGAAGAAUAAAAACAAUGAGAGUUUUAAAAAUAUGUUGUGGCCUUCUUCCCAGAUACUAUUUUUUUUUGGCGUGCUAUUCAGCUGUGUGAUGGGCAGUCAGCCAGGGUGAUUACUGUAAAUUCCACAAUAGCUUCUGAGAGAUGGAGAAGGUCCUGAUUUCAGCUCCAGUCAAUGCCAAUCACAAUAAAAAAUGACACCUGCCCUUUGUUUGCUGUGUGAUUGCCUGGACUGCAAGGCUUUUUAAAAAAUCACCCUUUGCCCAGACCUAAAACAAAAACAAAUGAACAUUUUUUUUCAGGAAGAUUUUCAGUGACAUAUGGUUAUAAAAAUAGUAAGCAUUCUCUUGUAAUAUAUUCUUUCAGUGAAACUAGCACGUCAAAGAAACCAGCAUUUAAUUUUUCACUACAAAAUGAUUUUUAGAAACCCCUACAGCAAAAUGCACUUUUUGAAAAUGAAAUGUUCUUACAGAUUUCCGUGAAGAAAACCUUGCAACUGUGUUGUAAUAUGUGUGUAAUGUGUUUUGUGUGCACAAUAUAUUAUUGAAACAGCACCAAAGCUUUGGAAUGUAUGGGAUUGUGGGGUUUGCAAUGUGUACAGAAUCAAAACUAACUACAGUGGGUUUUACAAUUUAAUUGAAGCCCAAGUGUAUAUGUACCUACUCAAAAAAACCAGAAUGGAUAGAAACCUUUAAACUGGUAAAAUACAACAAAGUAAUCAAAUGCUUGCUGACCUGGAAACUCUAGAGGAGAUCACCCCUUAACAAAUACUUGAUGGACAAAAGAUCAUUUUUGAGAAGACAAUCUGUUAGAAAUCUUAUAUGCAUGUUUCCUUGGAAUGCAUCUAGUGGUUAAAAUUUAUGGAUAGAUUUCAAAAAUGUAUCUAUAUAUUGAAGAUAAUUAAGUGUAGACAAAUUUGUAGAGAAUGCACAGUGGAUGUGUCUAUUUAUAAGGUAUGCUCAUGUGUAUCACUAUGGCAUUCAGAAUAGGGACAAUGUACAAGAGAGAAAAAGGAAUCAAAACACAGUAUCUUUGCAUCUUGUGUGAAAUUGACAUAUUACUGACUUAUAAGAAUACACGAGUAAGAGUCAUGUGGAAAAUAGGGCAUUGGGAAUUUAAGACUAUCCAAGUUUAUAGAAUUUAUAAGUUGUGAAAUGUGAUUGAAACUCAGAUUUUGGACAGGACUUGGAAACUUGCUGUACAUUUUCUCCUCUACUUAAUAAUUCCUCCACCACCACCACCACCAAUUUAGAAGGUACAUAUACAUAGAAAAAUACCUGGGAUUGAAGGGAAGAUGAUGGGAGAGAGUAAAGGAAGACUGCAUGGGCUGCUGUUAGGAGAAUGAGGAUAUGGGAGUCUGGCUCACCACUGACUAUUGGUAGGUCUUAGGUAAGUGAGCUGUGAAUCUCCACUUAGGUUCCUCACAGAUAAGAAGAGAGGAACGUUGCUUUCUUACGAUGUGAUGUGAGUGAGGAUGAUUGAAGAUUCCUUAGUAAGAUAGGCAUAUCCAAGUCCAAAGUGUAUACUGGCUUCUCCCUUGCGUGAAAGAAGCAGUGACACAAAGGUAAGAACUUGCUCAGUCUCCCAUCUCCACCUCACUUACCUACACACAUCUCUUCCUCUAUGUCUGCUUUUCCUUAUGGACCAGAUUCUAUCUCCCCCACCUACUGGGGAACUUUGUUCUAACAAUGUUCUUCUCUCUCUCCUGAACUGUCAGCUGUCAUCUUGACUAGAAAAUUCCCAUCAGCAGAAAACUUAAAUAAAUAUACAUUAUAUAUUGAAGCCCCUUUCCCUCUUGCUACUGUCCUGUUUCUUUGUUCCCCUUUAGAGAAAAACUUUGGGGUAUCUAUCCUGUCUCCAAUUUCUUUCCUCCCUUUUCUCUUAAACCCAGUCUAAUCGGAAUUUAGACCAUAUCUGUCUAACCACAGUGUUCUUCUCAUGGCUCCUGACAUUGUCUACAUUACAAAAUCAAAUGGUUAUUUCUCAAUUUUCAUCUUUUGACUGAUCAGCAUCAUUUGUCAUGGUGAAUCACUGCCUCCUCUUUGAACCUCUUUUUUACUUGGCUUCUGGGACACUGUACUCUCCUGGGUUUCCACCUAUUUCAGUGGCCACUCCUUUCUGUUCUCCUUUGCUGAAUCCCCUGUAUCUUUCUGUCCUCUUAACUGGAGUGCCUCAGGGAUCCACCUUGGACCAUCUUCUUUACAUUCAUUUAAUACCUUCAUGGCCUCAUUCAUUCUCAUGAAAUUAAAUACCAAUAUGCUCUGUACUCCCAAAUUUCAAUUUCCAGCCUAGACCUCUUCCUCCAGACUUGCAGAUCCAUUUGUCUACCCAACAUCCCUACUUGCAUGUCUAAUAGACAUUUCAACCUUAAUAUGUCUAAAACUUCACCUUUGAUCCUCUUUACCCCAAUGCUCUAUCUGCACUUUUUCCUGCUUGAGUAACAGUACAACCCAUCUCUCACAUCCUCACAGCUGACCCAUCAUCAAGUCUUCUUGACUCUUCCUUCAAAAUAGAUCCCAACCUCUAUCACUGCUCAUCUCAAUUCUUGAAAUAGUCUCCUCGAUGGUUUCCUUGCUUCCACACUUACCCACCUAGAGUCUGUUCUCAAUAUGAAACUGAAAAAUAAGUCAGACCCUGUCACUCCUCUGCUCAAAGCCCUCCAAUGGCUCUGAUAACUCUCCAAAUGUUUGGAGUAAAAGCCAAAGUCCUUAGAGUAAAAGCCAAAGGAUUUCUAUUUACUAACCCUUACAGGGGCUCCAUGAUCUAGACCCCACUCUACUCCUCUGGCACUCUCCUCCUACUGCCCUUCUUCCUCAUUCCUCCCAGCCAUGCCAGCUUUCUGGCUGUUCUUUGAAAACUUAAGAACUGGCUGCUCCCUCUGUACUCUUCUCCAAAGUGUCCAAAUGAUUUGUUCUCUUUCAAGUAUUUUCUUGAGUUCCAAGCAUUCCUUGGCCAUUCAUUUAAUGCUGCCACCUGUGCCCUUACCCCAGGCUCUUGUCAUUCUCUUUGCAGUCUCCAUUUCUUUAUUCAGUAGCACUCUGCAACUUCUAACCUAAUUUUCUAACAUCAUUUUCUUAGAUGUUUUGUUGACUAAUUACUCUUAUUCUCUCCCUGUGGUAAUUUAUGUUCCAUCUUCCAUCAGAGCAGGGCCCUUUGACUGUUUUGUUCACUGAUAUAUCCCAAGCAUAACACAGUGACUGGAACUUACCACAAGCACAGGGAAACAUGUGGUUGUGGCUGAGGUCACCAAAAUGACAGAGAUUUGGAACCAAAUGAUGUGUAAUAAUAAAAUGAUUAGAUACUGAAUUUAAAAUAACUAUGUAUAAAACAUUUGAUGGAAUAAAUAUUGGAUUUGAAAUGAUAAGCAAAAACAAGAGAUACAGACAACCAGGAAGAUUUCAAAGAGAGCAAAACAGAACUUCUAGGAAUAAAAAAAUACAAUCUUUGAAAUUAAAGCACCCAAUGAAUUUAUAACAAAAAGAAUACAAAUUAAGAAUUAAACCAAAAUAUCAUUUUUCAUCUAUUAUUUGGCAAAGCACAAGAGACUGACAACAUACUCUGUUGGCAAGAUGGGGGAAACAGUCUCUUUCACACUUUGGCGGUGGGAAUUCAAAAUGAUUUAAACCAUAUCUAGAUUAGUUACUGUCUUCCCAUAAAAUAAAAACCAGGCCUACACAUAUCACAGAAAAGUUUUACUAAAUGUUCAAGAAGCAGAUUAUUCCAAAUGUCUGGAAUGUUUUCCAGAUAAAUGAAAAGGAGGGAGUAUUCUUCCAAAGGAUUAAGCAGGUGAAUGUAACUAUGAAUCAAAAUCAAAGACUAUAUAGAAAAUAAGUUAUAGCCAGUCUCACUCAUAAACAUAGAUUAAAAAAAUUACAACAAAAUUUUAAGAUUCAAUAAUGAAUUUCUUAAAAAAAGCAUAGUAUAUCCUUAUCAAAUUAUAUUCAUCCCAGAAAUACAAACUUGGCUUAUCACAAAUAAACAAA